CACUCCUGGAAUACAGCGGUGGAAGGCAGCCGGCUCGCUAAGAGGACAGGGAUGCUGGGUGUGAGGAACCCAGGCCUGCCCUGCACCUAGACCUCCUCUGGCCAGUGUUCACCAGGGAGUUCUGAACCUCUGGCCAGUCAGGGCCCAUUCCAGGAGGCCUUCCUCCUGACUUGGGCUGCCGAUCUCAGCUCCAGGCAGCAGGGAAGAUUGCAGAGCCAGCAUGGAUCCUGACAGUGAUCAACCCCUGAACAGCUUCGUCAAGGUGAUUCUGGAUAAAUACUACUUCCUCUGCGGGAAGCCCCUCCACUUCAUCCCAAAAAUGCAGGUGUGUGACGGCGAGCUGAACUGUGCCUUGGGGGAGGACGAGGAGCACUGUGUCAAGAACUUCCCCACUGGGUCUGCAGUGGCAGUCCGCCUCUCCAAGGACCGAUCCACCCUGCAGGUGCUGGACUCGGCCACCGGAAAAUGGGCCUCUGCCUGUUUCGACGGCUUCACGGACGCUCUGGCCAAGACAGCCUGUGGGCAAAUGGGCUAUGGCAGCAGCAGACCCACUUUCAGAGCUGUGGCAAUUGGCCCAGACCAGGAACUGGAUGUUGUUGAAAUCACAGAAGACGGCCAGGAGCUUCGGGUGCGAAACUCAAGUGGACCCUGUCUCUCAGGCUCCCUGGUUUCCCUGCAGUGCAUUGCCUGUGGGGACAGCCUGAAGACUACUCGGGUGGUGGGCGGGGAGGAGGCCCCUGUGGAUGCCUGGCCUUGGCAGGUCAGCCUCCAGUACAAUAAACAGCACAUCUGUGGAGGGAGCAUUCUAGACCACCGCUGGAUCCUCACGGCAGCUCACUGCUUCAGGAAGCAUCCUGAUGUGUCCAACUGGAAGGUGAGGGUCGGCUCAAACAAAUUGGACAACACUCUGUCCCGGCCUGUGGCCAAGAUCUUCAUCAUUGAGUUCAACGUCAUGUACCCCAAAGAGAAGGAUAUUGCCCUGGUGAAGCUGAAGUUCCCACUCACAUUCUCAGACACAGUCAGGCCCAUCUGCCUGCCCUUCUUUGAUGAGGAGCUUGCUCCAGCCACCUCACUCUGGGUCGUCGGAUGGGGCUUUACAAAGCAGAAUGGAGGGAAGAUGUCUGACACACUGCUGCAGGCGACAGUCCAGGUCAUUGACAGCACACGAUGCAAUGCAGGCGAUGCAUACCAGGGGGAAGUCACCAAGGAGAUGAUCUGUGCAGGCCACCCGCAUGGUGGCGUGGACACCUGCCAGGGUGACAGUGGUGGGCCCCUGAUGUACCAAUCUGACCAGUGGCAGGUGGUGGGCAUCGUGAGCUGGGGCUAUGGCUGCGGGGGGCCGAGUACCCCAGGAGUGUACACCAAGGUCACAGCCUAUCUCAACUGGAUCUACACUCUCCGCAAGUCUGAGCUGUAAUGCUGCUGCCCUUCUGCAGUGCUGGGAGCUGCGUCCCCCUGCCCUGUCCACCAGGGGAUCUCCCAGAAGUCAGACACAGAGCAAGAGCCUCCGUGGG